AUGAAAUCGGCACCGCGGCGGAACACCCUGGCCGGUUACCUGGACCAGCUGGCCGACUCGGAGAAGCACAAGGCGCGGGCGAGGGAGGCGGCGCUGGAAGGCAUGGUCCAGGAGCUGGCCAGAAUGCUGAAGCGGGACGAGGAGUUCCUCGAGUCGAAUCGGAUGAGCUUGGUGGACCAGUGCCUCCGCGUCGUCAAAAAGGGGCGGUCGGCGGCGGAGCUCUUGAUGGCGGCGCGUGCGAUUGGGCUGGUGGCGAUGAUCCUCGAUGACAUGGACGCUGCUCACGAGAUCUAUCGCGAUUCCGCCCCGAAGCUGUUUGACGCUGUGAAAUCGAGCAGCUCCAAGUUGAAGCCGCCCGCUCAGGUCCUCGAGUGCUUGGCUGUCCUCACUUUCUUCGGAGGAUAUCUCUCGGAGCACAGGCUGGAAUCAAUGGCCAUGAUUUGGGCCUGCUUUUUCCACGAUUCUAGUGACGGGAAGAAGAAAGAGCAUUCACCAGAACUUGUUGCAGCUGCCGUAUCAUCUUGGUGCUUCAUUCUGUCCAGCGAUCAUUGUGGUAUCAGCCGAGCCCACUGGCUAACAGCAAUUCCUUGCUUCUUCCAUCUUCUGGGCCACGACAACGAAUCCGUCGUCCUUGCAGCAGCCGAGGCACUAGCUCUCGUCUUCGAGAUUGAUUCGCUCAUGAGUGUUCCCAACUCUGCUGCUGUGGACGAUAACGGUGGAGCACGAGGAGAGUCGUCAUCGUCUUCAUCUUCUUCAUCAUCUCACCCAUCCAAACACGACAUUGCUAAAAAACUGAACGAGAGGAUGCUUGCGAUGGAAGCAACCGAUGAUGAAGAGGGAAAAGAGCAACAAGAGAACAUCGCGGCUUCCAGGCUAGCGUUGGUGGCUAGGUUCUUCGAAGAAGGCAGCUCUUGCAAGAGUUUGGAGGUGACGAGGAAGGAGGGCGUGAUGUUGACAACGUGGUCGGAGAGGUCGCAGAUGGCAUUUCUAGAGGGAUUUCUAGGAAGAGAAACGUUAGCAGAGCACAUCAAGGUGAACAAGCAGCUGCAGAGUAUGUUCAAGUCGAAGAUGGCGGCGAAGAAGAAGCUGGUGGGUGAGAAGCCGACGGUUAUGGCCUAUGACGUAGAGAGGGAAGAAGUGAAGUCUCGUCUUCUUUACAAGCCAGAACUGAAGUGGAAGCCCGACGAGGAUGGCUCGCUAUAUACCGAGGGGAGCAAGCAAAGGCUGCUCCAGAAGAAACUCACCCAAUCGCCUGCUUCUUGGUUGAGCAAGGCGAGGACUCAGCACAUGAAGAAGCUGCGCCAAGUAGCAGCUACUGACCGCAGCAAGAACGUAAUGGAUCCCGACUACGACUAACUCCACAAACUGACCCAAAACUCCUGCACCUUUCUUUCCUUUCCAGUUUCAAUUUUUUUUUUUUUUUUUGUGUUAAGCUGUUAGUUUCUUUUUGUUUCCUUAUCUAUGUUUAUUUAUGCAUUGAUUGAUUAUUUUUAUCAGCAAGUAACUAGUCGUUUAGAAUUAUAACGAUAAUCUACGACUUCAGAG